UGACACCUGGCUACUAUGCACUCGUCACAUUCGCACUCCACCCUGAAUCUCUUAUUUACAUAAUUUUAGUUUCACUCCUGAUGUUGACAGUCAGGUUCAGACAGCAGCGCCGGCUAUGAACAGACACAAGAAUGUGGUACCUGGGAGGAGAAAUAACUGUUGACAAUCGCACACCCUACAAAUGGACUGUCUGUAUUGAGAACCAGACGCCACGGCUCUUUUAUGACAGAUACAAUACAUUUGAUGUUGAACCUCACAAAAAAACACAGCAACGCCAGACACUUUACAGCAAAUGGGUCCAAACCAUCUACUUGAAAGUGAAAUAUGGACAGUGCUCAGAGACUGAGUGCUACACAGAUCCAGAUUUAUGGUACAUAUUCAAUCCAAGAGAUGACCCCUGUUUCACAAUUCGAGAGAGUGGAGACCACCGGCAAAUACAUCUGGACUGCAGCGUAAAUUAUGAGGAGAAGAAAUCAACUUGCCCAAAUUAUGAGAAAAUUGACGAUGAUGCGCGAGAGGAAGAGGAAAAUCGUAGACGAGAUGAAGAGCAGCGACGUCAGGCCCAGCUUGAACGUGAAAGAAGAAUUGAGGAACAGAUUAAAAGGGAAAGUGAGCUCACUGCUAAGAAACUUUCACAAGCCACAGAGACACUGAAGCAGAGACAGAGGCUGAGAGGCCAUGAGGUCCACCACCAAACUCAUAUAAUGCAACAGCCACUGGACGCUGAAAUUGAAAUAGAUGAGGUUCCAGAAAUGGAGAAGAAAUUCAUGGAACUCUUGUUUGAAUAUCAAAUCACUGAAGAUGAAGACUCAGAGGAGACAUUAGCAGACAGAAUGAAAACUCUGCAAAAUGAGUUAAUGGUGGAGUUCUGUAAGAAACAUAAUCUGUCCAGUAGCUGUGUGUUUUCUUUCAACAGUGGAGUUGGUUAUGAGACUCUGCCUCUACAUGAUAGACUGUCAGUACUUGAGGCAGUAAUGCGUUUAGUUCUUGAGGAGAAUGAAGAAGACCACACACAAAAACAUGAACGGGACUUCCUCAUGGAUCUGCUUGAACUGUUGCAAGAUGAUCAUCCAUCGAUUGCGUUUAAUCUUUUACAGAGCAUUCUUCAAACUGAUAUGCAACUGUCUACACAGAGUAAAGAAAUUCUGUGUCAGAUUGCAUUCAACAACACAUGGAAACUGCCAGAAAUAACAGAUUUCAUGAGGAAACAUUUUGGCAAAGACAAAGAACAAGUGCAGUCAAUACUUCACAUUGCACAGACGUACAAGCUGGAGUAUGGGAGCGUCUUUACUGCUUUCGGUUCAGCUGAUCCCCUCAGAGGGUUAAAAAGCUAUGUUGACAAAGAGAGACACAAAAAUGCUGAUACUGUUAUUAGUGAAAUGCGUAAAGCAAACUACCCAGAGAAUGUCCUGAUAAUACUAGAGGACGUUCUGGGGUAUCUGGAAAUGGAGCUUCCAAAAUACAAAACAGCUAGUCUCAGUGAAAAAAACAUCCAGAAUGUAAAGAAAAUGAUUAGAGAACUGGAUUUUAACAACCCAGAUAGACAAGUUCUCAAACAUGUGCUAGUGGGAAUGUCAGUCGCAGUAAAGAUAUGCUCUGCUGUCACUAUUCAGAGGGGUAAAAAGGAAAUAGUCAUUGAAGGAUAUCUUCCCAGAUUAACUCAACUUGCAACCUUGGUUGUUUUCCUGCUUCCAAAAUCAAAAACUAAUACAGGUUGUCUACUUGAAAUUGGGACAGGUGAAGGGAAAUCUUGUAUUUUAGCCAUGCUUGCUGCAAUCCAUGCCAUUCGUGGUGUAAAGGUGGACAUUGUGACCAGCUCCCCGGUCCUCGCCUGUCGUGAUUUAGAGGAAUGGAGUGGACUGUACAACAUGUUUGGCAUAACGUCAUCUGCUGUUCCUCCAAUGCUGAAUGAUGUCUCAUCUGAAAAACAAGAGGAACUGACUCAGGAAGCAUACAAACAACAAAUAAUUUACAGUACUGUUGGGACUUUUGCCGCAGAUACACUGAAACAAGAGUUUGAGAAGAAAACAACUCGAGGAGACAGAAGGUUUGAGCUGGUCCUUGUGGACGAGGUUGACUACAUGACCUUGGAUAAUGGAGUUCAAAUAACAUUUCUGUCCCAUGAGUCGAGUGGCCUCCAGCAUUUGGAGCAAGUCCUAGCAAGCAUCUGGGCCAUGAUAUCUGCAUGUCGACCAAUUGAGAUAGAAGACACUGGAGAGACCAUGUGGACAACAAGAGUCCAGAAUUUUCACACAGCUGCCCUGAUAGCAAUGAUUGGUUCAGAAAAAAGUGAUACAUUUUCACCACUGGAAAUUUUGUUGCCAGGAACCGAAUUAGGCUUUUACUCAGAGGAAGAUUUUGAAAAUUUGAAGCUCUCUAUUAAUGAUGGAGGAGAAAAGCAACGUGUCACUAUGGAAAAUCAGGCAUGGAAGACCAUCAUGGCCAAAACAGGAAUAGAACAACAGUAUGACCUGCUCAGUGUUCUCGAGAUGGGGAUGGAGCAGAAGGUGGCAUUCAACUGUUAUAUAUAUCAGUCAGAAACUAGAAAAGCCAUUCAGUUUGGAGAAAAAAAGGCAAAAACUGACCAAAACAUCAACAUGUUGCUCCUCGAGAAUGGAAAUGCUUGUGAGAUCUUGUCUGAAAAUUUGCUUGUUGAAGCCACUGUUAGCCAGCUGAAAUCAAAGAUUAAAUAUUCUAAGCAAUGCAGUUCAAAAGAAGGAGACAACACUCUUGUAAUCCCUUCUUUCUUAGAGAAAUACCUGGAAAAUCAGCUGCCAGUGUUUGUUGAGAAUGCAUUGAAGGCCAUUCAGAUGACCAAAGGCAGAGAGUACAUGAUCGAGAGAUCUCUUAGUGCUCAGGGAAUAGAUGUUAGUGAAGAAGAUCAACACAUGUACCAUGCAAUAAUUCCAGUGGAUUUCCAGGCCAGUGGAAUGUUGGAGAAAAGAAAACGAUGGGGUGAUGGACUGCAACAAUUUCUGGAGAUGAAGCACCAGUUAACUUUAUCACCGUUAUCACAUGUGACAAACUACAUGUCAAAUUCCAAUUUCUUUAAAAGAUAUCUCAGUGGGAAAGGGAUAUUUGGUGUUUCUGGAACACUGGGGGGAGAUGCUGACAAGGGUUUCCUGGCAAGGCAUUACAAAACGGACAGCUAUGUCAUACCAGCUCAUCAGCGUCAAAAGGUUACUGAGCUCCCUGCAGUCCAGGUGAGGGGAGGUACCGAACAAUGGCUCCAAACUCUUUGUGCCACGAUCUCAAAAGUCUCUGACAGAGGACAGGUGGUGUUAGUCGUGUGUGAGGACGUCAACACAGCAAAUGCUCUCAAAGAAAAAGUAAAAGCAGAAAGCAAACAUUCAGUUACCAUGUACACGAUGAGCGAGAGCCACAACAUUGAGAACCAGGAGUUCAUCAAGGGACACAUCAUCAUUACCACUAACCUUGGAGGACGUGGAACAGACAUUAAGGUUACGGAGGAGGUUAAUCGCUGUGGUGGUCUCUUUGUGUUACUCACGUACUUCCCCAAUAACCGAAGAGUCGAGAAACAGGUCUUUGGGCGAACAGGUCGAAAAGGCACCCCGGGAAUGGUCCAGUUAAUACUGAACCAGGAUCAUCUAGCCAUGGCCUACCGAGGACAUUCUAUUGAGGUCAUGAGGGACCUCAGAGAAGAGUACGAGGUUAAUCGAAUAAAAGACAUGGAGAAGGAGAAACUAGCUGAAAUUGCAAUGAAGGAAGAGCUGUUCUCCACAUUUUGUCAGUUCCUUAGUGACUUUGACAGGCGUUAUAAUACAGAAGAGAAGACAGACCUCUUUGAAGUUAAAGUAAAAGAUGUCCCUCGUUACUUUGAGUCCUUUCAGAGUAAGAUGGACUAUCACCCAGCCCUGAAUGCUUUAAAAGAGUCAUGGGGUAUGUGGUUGAUACUUCACACAGACCAGAUUAACAUACAGAGUGACCUCACUGAAUUGAAAGAAGACCUCAUCCAGCACUUGCUAGAUACAAGUAACAAACUUUUACAAGGUCAGAGUGAAAACUUUUAUGACCACAUUCAGCAGGCUUUAGGACGAACUGCCUUGCACUUUCAAAACAAAAACAAAUGUGACUAUGGAGCGAAAUCUUACUGGAAAAAAGCCUCUGACUCCGACAGCUACUACAGAGCUGUUGCACUGUAUAACCAGGCCUACAUUACCAUUAACAUGGCCAAAGAAGGCUACAAAAGUGAGGCGUGCUCCUUACUUGAGGAGGCAGAGAAGGCCAUAGAUGUUUACAUAUCAGAAACGACCAAUACACUGAGCUUUUGCUCCUUGUCCGUUAAUCGAGAUUUUGAACCGCAUCAUUGCGGUAGCUGUAACUUCCAAAUACAAAUGCAGGCGAGGAUGAACAUAUUUAACUCAUGGAAGCAAAAUAUCAAAAAAACACUUGACAUGCUUGGAUUGGGUGAAGGAGACAUCAAAACUAUGGACUUGACUCUUUACAACUUAUCCACUGAGGAGGAUUUUGUGUCUUGUAGUGAACUCGGUCUCUUUCGUAAUUAUGGCCUUGCAGUUUUGUUUGAACUGAAGCAAAAGCCCCAAUUCUCAUUUGAUGCCCUGAUUUGUUGUUUUCUUGGUAUGGUUCAGAUUGUAGCAGGAGUUCUGAUAUGUGAGAUGUCCUCUUUUGGUCCUGGUUUGAUCUCCGAAGGUGUGUAUGACAUGAUCAGUGGAGUCAUGGGUAUGAUAAAUGGCAAUUUUACUUGGGCUUCAUGGGCAAUGUCUAAAUCAUUGAGGAUGGGAAAUUCUUUGGCCUGCGGUGGAUUUAGUGUUCCCAAAAGAUCAUUGUCCUCUGUGAAAAACGCAGCAAAUGGAAUCUUCAAUGGCACUAAAUCACUGAAGAAUAUUGCGUGGAGUGCCAUCCGAUCAGGAAGAAGUCAUUUUUUGUCCAAUUGUACAACAGCCACAUCAUUAGCAUUAUCAGCAUGCAUAAAAAACAUCACACUGAACACGGCCAAACUGAACUUAAAAAAUGCAAGUGCGUAUGCUGUCCAAGAAUUGGCUAUUCGGGGAGUAAACACUGCUUUGAACAAUAUUGAUGCUACAGUUAAAAAAACUUUCAAACAAGGAUUUCAACUUACUUUCAACAAAUCUAUCUGCUCAGCACUGCAACAGAAUAAACAGUUUGCUCGAGUGCUCACAGAUUUCAUUAGCUCAGCAGUCCCAAAGGCCGCCUUGAAUAAAGAGUCUGACUACAAGAUUAGCAAAAACUUGGAGAAGCAAAUUAUUGAACAUGUUUCUCUGAAUACGAAACUUACUAUCAGGAGCCUUGUAAUAAACUGUAAGCAAACCCAAAAGACCAUUCAAACACUGUCAAAUUUGUGGGACAUGGCUGCAGAGUUUGUUGCACAAAAACCUUAUACCUGCAUCAAGACACUUCUGAAAACUGCAAGCAUGUCCACCAGAAUUUAUGAAAUGUAUUCCUCCAUUCCUACUAAACAGACCAUUGACAGUAAUUUUGUUCCUGCAUUUUUGAAGACCAUGAAGGAGGAUCCAUUAUUUGAGACAUAUGACAAUGAUGGAAGGGACAAACUGGAAGAUGUGGAACGUCUUAAAGAUGAACUCAUUGACGUGGUUUCAGACAUUCUUUCCCAAACCAUGGUAGAGAAGUUUUCUGGGUUUGCUACAUCAAUGUUUACGAAAACAUUCACUCAAAGACUAAACUCUGUUACUGGAGAACUAGUUGGUAAUUUUCUGGGGAGGCAUGAAACCCAAAGUUUCACUGUGAGUCAGCAGCAUCAUUAUGAUCUGAAAUCUGCCACAGAAUCCAAGGACAGAUCUUUGACUGAAGAAGAACGAAAUGAGCUCACAUACUACGCUAAUAAUAUAACUGAUGAACAAAAGCCAGCGACAGCUUUAGAAGUCCAUGUCCUCACAAAGAGUAAUUUGUUGGAAGGAAAAGGAAUUUGUAUAACUGUAGUAGGUACUCAAGGAAAACUUCUCACAGAGGAGACUUACUCAGGAACUGAUCCAGCAGCUGGUACAAUCAAACUCUUGCUGACGAAAACACCUCUGACUUCUCCAGGGAAUGAAGGAAUAUUGAAUAAACUGAAGCGUAGCAUUAAGGCUGAAGACUUUCCACAGAGUGGCCAUGUCGAUAUUAUAUGCCCCGAUGGUUCACGAGAAACUGUGAAGUCCUCAAAUCACGACUGUCUUUUUCAUGCAGUCAUCCAAGCAACAACUAACGACCCAAACAAUGUUGUGCUACAAAAAGCUAAAGAUCUACGUAGGAAAGUCAGUGAGGAGAUUCUUUUAAACCCAAAUAAGUAUGUAGAUGCUGUGAAGAUCCAGAACAUUUUCAACAUGACAAACAACUCGAAUAAAUUUAAAAUCCAAGCUGGAGUGAGGGAAUGUGAUAUGGAGCAGUACAUCAAGUACACCAAAGACAAGACACCGAAACAAAUUAUUGAUGAGUACAAACUUGGAAAAGUGGGCGACCACAAGUGCCUUUUAGACAUGGAGAAGCCCACAGCAGGAGUAGUGGAGGCACAGCACAUUCCACCAAAAACCACAUGGACUGCAGUCCUUCAUCUCAUCAAAACAAACCCCGAGAUUUCUUCUUCAUUAGACAGAACAAACAAGGACGUUUUCUACUUAAUGAUGAAAAUGAAACAUGACCCGAAUGGAAAAACACAGCUUUGCAUGAACGCGCUGUCCUCUGAUCACCACCAUGCACUGAGCAGCGGCAACAGCGCUGAAUCCAGAGCAUGCAGACAUUUCCUGACGAGAACCUUUUCAAGUGGAGACACAGAGAAAGCGCUGAAGCUCUCCUUAAUGAUGGCCCAUCCUCAAUGCUCGGACCACAUCUGGAAUGAUCUCGGUAUCCCUCAUCAUUUCAGGACGUGUGAGUCUGGACUUGCAGCCAUGGACAGGAACGAUUACUACAAGAGAGGAUUUAAGGACAUAGUGAAAAAAUACGGCAGAUGGGAUCUCAUCGACCAAGAACAAACCAUUCGACUAAUAAACUGGGUGCAGAAAGAUAUAUUUCUGAACACAUCUACAGCAGAGUAUAAAGAAAUACUUCAUGUUAUCAAAGGUGCAAAAAAAACAAGAAACAUUUGCCUGGAUAAACUCUGAGCAGAAAGAAAUGAGCACUUACCCUUUAUUCACAGUGGGGCAAUAUUAUUAACGUGUCAGGAGUAACAAAUCAUUUCAGCUUGGCUAAACUUUCCACAUUUGACUGAUGCAUUAAAAUUAUUUAAAUGAUAUAGAAUGAUAAACAUGCACCUCUUUUACCUCAAGGGAAAGUGUAAUUCAAAUUAUUUAAAAUAAACAGUCAGAUAUAGUGGUGCAGGUUUCAGGUGGGAUACACGGUUAAUGGCAUCUGAUUAAAGUUUUAUACUUGUUAAUUAUAAUUGUGCUAUAGUUGUGUUACUACAGAAGUCCUUAAAGGCCAUGCAUUAUUAUUUUUUCUUUCUUGUUUUCUUGUGAUCUCGACAUGUUCUAGUUUUCGACCUUUUCUCACAACAUAAUUUUAUCAGGAGAAAAUCUCACGCCUUGUGAAUGGGGCAGGUGUUACAUGCACGUUGGCCAUCGCCAUCAUAUAUGUAAUAAUUGGCCGCUGUAAAGAUUAAGAGAGACGGGGUGUCCCCUUCUCAAGUGUCGGACACCUAUGUGGAAAUCGUCAAUCGCUGACAGACACGGAGAUAUUUCAUCUGGAGUGAGUCCCUCAACAAAGUAAAACUUCAUAUGCUGCCGGACUGCACUAAGCUUUUGCUGCCUCCAGAACAAUAAAAGAAACAUGUUGUAAUAUCAAGAUCGCAAGAAAAUUAAGUCUACAUCAUGAGAAAACAGGAAAGAAAGAAGAGAAAAAUAACGCAUGGGCCCUUAGGCCUUUGUAUAUUACACCUGGAAUGGGUUGAUAAUAAAACACGUAACUGCUGUACUGUAA